AUGGAGAGAAUUAUUGAGUUGGUUCGAAAGUAUCCUAUUCUCUAUGACCUUUCUCAUGAAGAUUAUAAAAAUGUAAGGAAAAAGGACAAGAUUUGGACUAGAAUAGGAGAAGAAAUAGGCGAAAAUGAUGUUGAUACACAAGAAUCUGAAGCAUUCCCAAAUAUAGAAUCACCCGAAAAUAUAUUAACGGAUGAAAAUUCCGCAGUACAGAAACCAACGUGUAGUAAAAAUCUACUAACAACUCAGACAGAUGAUUCCCAGAAUAAGAUUCAACCCUCCUCAUCGAAACCUACUCGAAAUGAAGCUACUAGGGUUACUCUUUCAAAUGAAACUCCUUCUACAGGCAGAACAAACAGAAAACGCAAUUCUGAGCCAUCCACAUCUGUGAAAGAUAUGAUCAGUUAUUUUGAGAGCAAAAAGAGAGUAGUGCAUGAUGCUACCGAUCAAGUGUUUUUGGCUCAUGCUUCUACGGUAAAAUCUUUCUCUCCUAGAAGGCAAAUUGAAACAAAAAUGAAGAUUGCGCAAGUUAUCAUGGAGCAGGAGUUGCUUCAAUUGGAGGAAAGUUCUUUGAAUAGCCAUCAAUCUAGAGCUGAAAGUACAGACACCUAUCAAAACCCCUCUUCCGUCGGAAGUAUUUCGGUUGUAUCCCUACCUUCACCAAAUGACACUGCAUUACCUAAACAAUCGAAUACUUCUGGGUUCUAUGAAGUGAAUUGUGAAAAUAAUUAUAUUACACUACACAACUUGGCGCAGAGUUGCAACCAAGCAGCUUCUCAUAAUCCAUCAGUUUCCAACUAUGUCAAUUCCUUUGACCCUUACAAUACAUAA